AUGGUUGGGAAGAAUGGAAAUCCGAAUGGCCAUCACUCUAAACUGUCAGACUUUCAGAGGACUAAGCCUCCUACUUUCAGUCAAGUUAUCGAUCCUUUGGAAGCUGAUGAUUGGUUGCGAACUAUUGAGAAGAAGCUUGAGAUUGCCUACACCAAGGAAGUCGACAAGGUUCCGUUUGCUACACACUGCCUGGAGGGAGCUGCCGCUCUAUGGUGGGAUAAUGCUAAAGCUAUGUGGCCCGCGGACGAUGAAAUCACUUGGGCUAAAUUCAAGGAGCAUUUCCGCAAGUACCAUAUUCCCGCCAGUAUUAUGAAGGUCAAGCAGCAUGAAUUCCUCGCUCUCACCCAAGGAAGCCUAUCGGCAAGGGAGUAUCUGCAUAAGUUCAACCAUUUGGCCCGUUAUUCUCUUUAUGAUGUGGCUACGGAAGAAAGAAAGAUCGACAGAUUUCUUGGAGGACUGAAUCAACACCUCAGAUGCACUCUCAGUAUGCUCAACUUUCCGGAUUUCCAGACUCUGGUAAACAAAUCCCUCAUUGCAGAAAGAGAACACAAGCUCGUGCACGACACUAAGGCCACUAAUAAUGAUCAUAAGCGCAAGUUUGAGCCUAAGAAGGAUGGACAGCCAGUGUAG